UCUGAAGUAAAAAUUGACAAAGGGAUAACAUCGUUUCUGACAUGCAUUAAUCAGUAAAUUAACUGCAUCGAAAAGUAUUAUCAACCGAUCAGUCUGCCAAGAGUUUCAUCACGGUAUUGUUCAUGACAAUGUAAUUGUUUGCGAAACCUUGAUAGAAUAUCAUCACGUGAUCCAAGCGGCUAGAAGCCGGGGGGAAAAACUGCAAGAUCGGAUAUCAAAGUGGGCAAUCACUUUUCAGGUGAAGUUGGAGUAAUACGAAACAGAUCAUGGCGGCUGAUUUUCAAGCGCCUGAACAACUGCGAAAAAGGCGAAAAUCUGAUCGGAAUGAACGGCCCGAUAGAGUGACAAGGGACACACGGUGAAAGGUGGACGCAAGGCUGAUUUCAAUCCCGUAAACGCGGCAAGGGCCUCUACUUUUCGGUAAUACCGGAAUAAUGUAACGGCGACGCUGCGACGUGCGCGUUGCAGUUACACCGAACCGGAUGAAAACUCGAUUGUAAUUACAAUAAUAUACGAUAAUGCUACAAAGUACUCAUGAAAUAUUAUUAUUUAGUUAUCGCUUGUUAGAUUUUCACACACUUCGGAUCGGCACACUUUACGAUGCCAUUGUAUCAAUCGGAUUUACCUCGGAUGAUACUUCCUGUACGAAACGGCACUACUUUGGUAUCACAAACUAAGGCCGAUUCACAUCUCCGCCUUGUCGUUGCUGUGAAUAUAGGAACGCGUGUAGUACGGCAUGUCAACGAACGGCAGCACCACUUUCGCUUUCAAUGGGCGAUGUCAAGUUUAAGGAAAAAUUUGGGCGAAUUUCUACUCUUCAAUGCGAACUCCUGCCACCUUCUAUCAUCGAGGAGUAUAAGUAUUCUACGGAAACAUAAGGUUAAGACCAAAUCACCUUCACAACGUCGUCCAGCAAUUAAACCGGCCGUCGAGUCUAGCAGAGGUGAUAUUACAAAAAGGGGACCUGACACCGUAUCCGUGGCUCUGAUCGGUGGUGGUACAACCCCAGCCUAUACUGCGCUUCUUUUGAAACAGGCGCCAAUUAUAAAACGCGUGCACAUCGCGGAUACCAUCGACAAAACGGCGUCUCUGAUAUUAGAUGCAAGUCAUGUCGAUACCUCGACGAAAAUAAGAUACUUCAAGAGAAAUAACAUGAUAGAGGCAAUGCAAGAGGUGGAUAUAAUCGCAAUUAUGGACGAAGAAGACUUUACGUUGGGAAAAGCAAGUUCGCACGGUCAAUUCUUGGCGGGUUCGCAGCACGUGAAAGUUGUGGCCGAAAAAAUGGUGCAUUGCUGUCCCACUGCCUUGGUCGCAGUCUUCGCGCAUCCUGUCACAGCAACUUUGCCUCUGAUUUCCGAAAUUUACAAGCGCGCCGGUUGCUGGGAUCCAAAUCGCAUUGUCGGUUCUGUAGCCAUUGACUCAAUGCGAAUUCAAGCCAUGGCUGCAAAUCUCUUCGAUCUCAAUCCAGCCUUCACUACGGUCCCAAUUGUCGGCGGGGCUGACGCUUGCACCGUUGUUCCACUUUUGUCUCGAGCUAAGCCUGUCAAUCAGUUUUCAAAAGAGCAGCAGAAUUCGCUGAUUCACACACUCAGGGCAUCCGAUAACGAGUUGGCGAGCAUCGGAGAGUGCAGAGCCGGUCCGACGCUCUCGGCAGCAGCAGCCGCGACGAAAUUUAUAGUAACACUGGCCUGUGGUUACUGCGGUUUUAAAAACGCUGUUGCCAGUGCAUUCGUUCGAUCGAACGUGCUUCCGGUGUGCCCAUAUUUUGCCACAGAACUACAGUUCGGACCUGGAGGUGUGGAAAAAAGUUUCGGCCUCCCAAAGGUCUCGUCUGUCGAACUUGAACUAGUAGAACAAGCGAUCCCUAUCAUCAAUGCGAACGUCGACUUGGCGGUUAAUUUCACACGCGCGAAUAGCAAAUUGAGGUCUAAGAUGUAA